GGAGAGUUAUGGACAAAACAAAUCGAUUACAGAAGAUAAGUUCAUCUAGAUUUGGACAGAGAGCUACAAACUUGGUUAGCUCAGCUGGUACUUAUAUAGCAUCCAAGGAUUAUCCACAAUUAGCAAAGUCAAUUUAUACCUCUGCAUCACAGAAUGCCAGCGGUUUGUUGGGAUAUAACAACGAUCCAAAUGCUAUAGUUGAAGGUACAGAUACUAUCACCGUAUUUCCAGGCUGGGCUGUCGAGAAACAAGAUCAAUCUGUCUACAAAUUACAACUUAGUGGAUAUUCCUCUUGUUUGAGAAGUAUAGACAAAGCUACAAGAUCUCAGAGAGCAUUCAUGAAACUCGCUCGCUCAUUUGCUGCUUUGCCACCCCUACCAGACACGUCUGCGUCAUCUCAAGAGACGUUCACCAGUGUCGAAGAAGAAAUAGAAGAAUUAGAGGCUAUGGAUAUACCUAAAUCUGAACAAAUGCAAAUAGAGCAUGAGCUUAAAGCGGCCAAUGUUAAUCAAAAUGCUCCAGGCCAAUGGAACGAACAACCUAAAGCGACUAGUAUGAUGAAACCACAGCAACUAAAAAAGCAACAGGCUAACAUACCCCUCGAAAAGCUGCACACUAUGCAUGCAAACAUGAAUAAGCGUUUACAACCAUUUUGGUCAUCUAUAUUACCAAAUAGGAUCGUAAAAAUGAGAGUUUACGCUAUUUGGGGUGUUCCAUUCGAUAACAGUCAGCGCGAUAUCCCAGAUAGUGCACCUGUCGCGUCAACCCAACUUAGAACUAAUCAACAAGGUCAUUUUGAUUAUGUAUUUAAUAUCAAAAUUGAUAGUAUUCAAAGACCAUCUUGGGUGAAAGAUCCUCAUCAAAAGCCCUUGGAGUUGAAAGUAGAGGUCGAUUUACUUCCGCAAAUGCUUGAUUAUAGUGUCAGAUCAGGGAUGACAUCCACACCGGAUAUCGCAGAUGGAAUUGCAGCCAGUCAAACACUUCACGUAAAACUCACAUCGGAAAGAGGUAUACGCGUAAUAUCAGACCUUGAUGAUACAGUCAGGACGACUGAAAUAUUGAAUGGCGUCCGAGCCAUGUUUAGAAAUGUCUUUGUCAAUGAUGAGAAAGAAAUGGUUAUACCUGAUAUCGUGAACUGGUAUAACGAUAUGCAUAAACAGGGUAUAUCUGGAUUUCAUUAUGUUUCCAAUUCACCAUACGAAGCUUUUUCAGCUAUCAGUGAUUUCUUCAAAAUAUCCAAUCUCCCACACGGACACUUUAAAUUAAAGUAUUACGGAGGGAAGUCCUUACUAGGUGGAUUAUGGGAGCCAGCUGCAGAAAGGAAGCGAGCAGGCGUCAUUGAGAUAUUGAAUGAGUUCAAACACUGCCAGUUCAUACUAGUGGGUGAUAGUGGUGAACAAGAUCUCGAAUUGUAUUCGUCCUUAGCCAGAGAGCGUCCUCACCAAAUAUUGGCAGUAUUCAUCAGAGAUGUAACCACUCCAUCUGAUGAAGCAAACAAGGAGGAGGAUCUAAUGAAGUUUAAUGUGGAGAAACCGAUACCACCACCUCGCAACACGGCGAAAAAACCAGCGCCACCACCCAUACCACCAAAGGAUGUAAAUUUGCAAACCAAAAAGCCACCACCAGUACCACCGAAGAAGCCAUUAGCAUCACCAUUAUUAUCCCAAAAUAAUGAACAUAGAUUACCACCACCUCCACCGCGAAGGAGUCAGACCGCUCCUGCACCACCAUUACGACCAAAGCCGUCAGCAAUUACAUUGAUCGGGAGCGAUAGUGAACCAAUAGAAUUUGAACCAUAUGACGCAGCUGAAGCCAAAUUAAUGAAACGUAUUGACAAUUUUAUGAUGAGAUUAGAGAAAGCAAAAUUAGAGAUACCUCCGGACGUAAUCUUUUGCGUAUUUAAGGAUGCAAAAGAAGUUGAAUCAAUUACUAGAACUUUGCUAGCAGCACAGAGGUAGAAAGAUUUUCACAAUAUACAAUUUCAAGAAUUUACGCACGUUUGUAUUUUGUAACAAUAAAUUAUUUGCUUAAUGAGUCUUAAGUAGUAAGCUCGAGAAAGUUGAGAAAAUACAGCGGGAAUGUCAACCAGCCUCAUUAGGCAUCAUCAAUACCACCUAUACCAAGAGCAUAAGUAGCUUCGCUUUCCUAGGAGAAAACGUCUGGAAUUUGUCAAACGAGGUUGGAAUAACCCACUGGUAAAUCAGGAGAAUCUGAUAAUUUAGCUAUACGCUCGUUACCUCUUCCUUUACGAAGGUAUAUUCUAGUGGUCGAAGCGUGACCAAGUACGUGUCCACCGACAGGUUUCUUAUCAACUGCAGCAAAGGUCGUCAUUGCACCUGGGUCUGCUUGCACGUGGUUUGAUAUUAAGACUGCAACAUUGAAUUCCUCAGCGAGACGUAUAAGACGCGAAAGAUGCUAUGUUGAGUUAGAUAGAAUCACUUCCGUUAUAUAAACCAAGCCACCUGGUUUAGUUUUUGUUGCCGCUCAGAUAAUUCUCCGCGUCCACUAAAGUCGGUUCUGAACAAGGCAAGUAUAGAGUCGACGAUGACCAACUAUGUUGUUGUCAGUUGGUCUAUCAACAUUCAGCCAUUGCACCUUGUAAAUACCGCCUUCAUCUGCCAUUUUCGCCGCUAAAGUGUUUAUUAAGUCCAUUUGCCUAUAUUGCAAUUAGAGUUGAAGAACACCUAUGAUCAUGCUGACUGCUCAGAAUUGAAUGCGCGUGCGAUGGUGAUAUUAUCCAAAGCUGCUUCCUCAUCCAUGUUGAAUCUUGACGCAAUAGACCUUAUCCUAUCUGGACGGAAUGUACCUUCAGUGUCAAUGUAGGCAGCCUUACCACUUGCACCGCCCAUUUCCACUGGUAAUUGAACAGUAACGCAGGCCGUAUGACAAAGUUGAGUUUUUCCAGUUCUAUAUUCACCGUAAACCUCUGUGAUUGCUUGUGAUUGUAUACCAGCUAGGAAAUUUCAGCAAGAAAGCUACUACAGCUAACAUAGCUGACCUCCUAAGACUGCAUCAAAUUGCUUAGAGCCUGUGGAAAUGUUGCAAAUCUUUUUGCGCUUCAAGGCCACCUCUGUACCAGACAAGAAACCAGUUUUUGAACACUUUUGAGCUGCUUCUUUGAUUUUCUCAACUUUAACUUCAGAUAAGCCCUAAACUAGUAUGAGUACAGACUGCAACAGUAUAUUGACUAGAAAUGCCUUUAUUUUGAGCAAUUGACGACGUGUAACUUGCAAUACAGCCAUAACAGUACUGAUACCACCAUUACGUAACUUAGUGAUAUCCGUAGCGUUUAUAUUAAACUGUUGCAGCAUAUCAAUAUGAUCAAAACUCAACUCCUGAACUUGCUGUACAAUAUAGUUAGAGAUGGGGAGAAAAGAAUAGAGAUCUUGAGAGAUGCUCAACCUUAUAAUUAUACUGUUCAUUUAUCUCCAAUACUGAAGGUGAUUUUGACAUCUUUUAUUGAUUUUUCCUUAUUUUGAUUAUCG